AUGUACACCGAAGAAAUGACCCGCCUCUUCCGUCAUGCCGAUCCCGCCACGUCUGAGGAGAAGCUCCGGUUCCUAAUGCGGGGAGUCAAGAAAGAGCUGUUUGCGGGACUUGUUCGCAACCAGCCCAAGCGUUUCGACGCAUUCCUUACAGAGACGACAACAAUAGAAAAGGCGCUUGAGAUGCGGGAGUUGGCGCUUCACUCGGACUUCACAAUAGCCGAGAACAUGUACUUCUUCGGCCAGCUGCUCGGUAUGCCUCUAGAAAAAAUCUACGAGCGGAUCAGCUUCCUCUGCUCCUUCUUUCAGCUGCUGCCCGCCAACAGAUUCGUCGAGCACCUCAGUGGCGGCCAGCAGCGGCGCGUUUCCCUGGCGGUGGCGCUGAUGCACCAGCCGCCAUUUCUCAUCCUGGACGAGCCCACUGUGGGUCUAGACCCGGUGCUGCGCGAGGCCAUCUGGCGGUACUUUCUCGUGCUGUCCGAGGAGGAGAGCGUCACCCUUCUCGUCACCACGCACUUCAUCGAGGAGAUCGCUAAGGCCGCCACGGUGGGCGUGAUGAAGAAUGGCAAGAUUUGGUGCGAGCGGCCGCCGGGCGAACUCAUGGAGACGUACGGCACGGCAACCCUGGCUGAGUCCUACCUCAAGGUGUGCCAGGCACUGGACUUUCCACCUCCGUCCGUCGAAAAACAGGCGCUGCCGAACGCCGAAAAGCAGAAGGUCGAGAAGCCGCCGCCAGUCCCUGAGAAGCCGAAGCCCGAGUCACUGAGGCGGCCGCGGCUAGCCCCUGCGUUGCCCGUGAAGCCGUGUCCCGUGCCGGAAUCGCUGAUCACGUGGGCAAACUGGGGACCCGUCCGAAGCUGUCUUCGCUUGAGGGCGCUGGUGGUCAAGAACUUGCUCAAGAUCAUGCGCAAGGUUAUCACGGUGGUGUUCCAGCUGGUGGUACCGUCUUGCGUGGGCGUCGUGUUCUGCCUGUUCGUAGGCGGAAAACCGACCAACCUGCCCGUAGGCGUGGUCAACGAGGACAAGAACGGCUCCUUCAGCCACGCCUUUCUCGCCGAGAUCUCCAACGAGACCGUAGCGCAGAAGCCGUUCUCCGACCUCCGCCAGGCCUUCGAUGCGGUGCUCGAUGAGCAGGCCUGGGGCACCAUUCACAUACCGCCAAACUACACGAAGGAUUUGGAUUCCAGGGUGAAGUCCUCUUCGCUCAGGGGAUCGGCCAAGGGUUUCCUGAUCAACUUCUUCCUCGACGCGACCGGUAAGUUGGCGCCGGUGUCGUGCAAGCCGAAUCCCCUCCAGUUACGAUUGGCUGGUUAA